AUGGCGCUCUUUCAUGUCGCGCGGUACUCGGACCCCAAGGCCGGGUCGGCGGAGGCCGAAGCCGAGGGAGAGGCUGGAGCUCGCGGUCGGGCCCGAGCACUGCUCGAGCGGCUGCAGUGCCGGGCCCGCGAGCGGCAGCAGCUGCGACAGCCCGAGACGGCCGUGCAGAGCGCGGAGCCGGCGGGCAGGCGGCGGCGGCGGCGGCGGCCCCGGCGGAGGCGGCGGCCGAGCGGCUCAGCGUCACAGAGCCCCGACGCGCGGCGGGCGAAGCGUCGGAAAGCGGACGGCGAGGACGCGAACCCAGGGAGCAGCGAGACGGCGCCGGGGACGCGCGCCGAGAGAGCCGAGGCCCAGCCGACCCCAGGGGAGCGGCCCCCAGAGGAGGGGGCCGAACCUCAGGCCCGCGGCCCGGUGCUGGGGGGCUUCACGAGGAGGAAGGCGCCCAAGGUUCAGCCUUUCCUGCCACUGUGGCUGGCUGAGCCACGCGGUGUCAGGAGGAACGUCACGGAGGAUCUCACUCCAAUCGAGGCCAUCCCCGAGGUGCACCCUGACCUGCAGAAGCAGCUGCGAGCACAUGGGAUUUCUUCCUACUUUCCAGUCCAGGCGGCUGUGAUUCCUGCCCUCCUUGAGAGUGCAGCCGGUGGAUUUCUGAUUGGCAAAGGUGGCUACCCGCCCAGCGACCUCUGUGUUUCUGCCCCAACAGGCAGUGGGAAGACACUGGCCUUUGUCAUCCCUGUGGUACAGGCCCUGCUGCAUCGUGUGGUCUGCCACAUCCGUGCCCUGGUCAUGUUGCCCACCAAAGAGCUGGCCCAGCAGGUGAGCAAAGUGUUCAACAUCUACACAGAUGCCACUCCUCUACGUGUUGCUCUGGUUACUGGACAGAAGUCUUUGGCCAAGGAGCAGGAGAGCCUCGUCCAGAAGACAGCAGAUGGCUACCGCUGCCUGGCUGACAUUGUGGUGGCCACACCUGGCCGCCUAGUGGACCACAUCGACCAGACCCCAGGAUUCAGUCUCCAACAGCUGCGCUUUCUGGUGAUUGAUGAGGCUGACCGGAUGAUAGACAGCAUGCAUCAGUCCUGGCUGCCACGGGUGGUGGCAGCGGCCUUUCAUAGUGGGGACCCUGUGGACCCCUGUGCCCUGCUCCAAAGGAGGCAGCCCCAGGCUGUGACUGCCCGCAGCACUUGCUACCCGCAGAUGCCUCUGCAGAAGCUGCUUUUCUCAGCUACCCUAACCCAGAACCCUGAGAAGCUACAGCAGCUUGGUCUCUACCAGCCCCGGCUUUUCUCCACGGGCCUGGCGCAUAGGGGUCUCAAAGACAAAGAUGUCGAGGUGGACGAGGACUUGGGGGAGAAGUACACCUUUCCUGUGGGGCUCACGCACCACUAUGUGCCCUGCAGCCUCAGCUCCAAGCCACUCGCUGUCCUGCGCCUGGUCCUUGGGAUGAACUUCUCAAGGACUCUGUGCUUCACCAACUCACGAGAUAGCUCCCACAGGCUCUUCCUGUUAGUGCAAGCUUUCGGAGGUGUGAAUGUGGCUGAGUUUUCCUCCCGCUAUGGACCUGGCCAGAGGAAGAAGAUCUUGAAGCAGUUUGAACAGGGCAAGAUUCAGCUCCUCAUCAGCACAGACGCCACUGCCCGAGGUAUCGACGUGCAAGGUGUGGAGCUGGUGGUCAACUUCGAUGCCCCUCAGUACCUGAGGACCUACGUGCACCGGGUAGGGAGAACAGCCCGAGCUGGAAAAACAGGACAGGCCUUCACACUACUCCUGAAAGUGCAGGAAAAGAAGUUCCUCCGGAUGCUGGCAGAAGCUGGGGUGCCUGAGCUGGUGCGCUGUGAGAUCUCCAGUGAGCUCCUGCAGCCGCUAGUCCCUCGGUAUGAGGAGGCCUUGUCUCAGCUGGAGAGGACUGUCAAGGAAGAGCAAAAAUUGAAGGCGGUCUAGGCAGAGGCUCUUGGGAAAUGGAGGGAUCCUCCUGCUGAAAUUAGUCACCAUCUACUCUCUGACCGGAAAAACCCUGCACACUGGGUGCUGUGUGAGCAGAAGAUGGAGUUCCUCUGGGCUUCUGAGGAAGUAGCCAGAGCAAACAGCCCUUUUCUCCAAGCAGCCUGGCACUCGGCUCAGGCCUGUGACAUCACCACUGUGGCUGGGUUCCACUGGUCUCUGGAAACGCUCCAGCGAGAAUGACGACAGUUGCCUCGUGCGUGAUAAGGGUCAGGAUUAGUCUGGAGCUGAUGCUGCAGAAUUGGCAUCUCCCUGUCUGCAGAAAGCAUCAGUGAGCCCAUCCCUGCUGUCAUUUGGACGGGGACGGGGAGGGUGGCCUCAAAGGCGUUUCCACAGUGGUAGCACCCAGGUGUCACACAAGAACGUUCUCAUACCACUAGUCUGUUUGUUUAUAAAAAGGCUCUUUCUUAGUUUUAUAUAAUAAAAAAAAAAGUGGGUGGGGGACAGAUUGGUUCCGCUUGUGUAAGAGAAAAUGAUUCAGGUAUGGAGCUUAUACCUUUGAGUUCCCUUGAUCCUGGCCCCCAUGGCUGCAGCACAAAUGGGUCACCUUCCUCUUGAAGGCCCCUCCAGCUGCCCCCUAAUUCACAGGAUAUCCUAGGUCUGUAGAAAAGCACUCGGCACACACCGCAGGUGCUGUCCUCAGUGGCACGGCUUACAAUACUGGCCCUUGGGAAUUUGGGACUUGGAGAGGGGGGAUCCCUUUGGGAUCUGGACCUACCUGCCUUAUGUCCUGCACCACCCCUGUGGGUGCUGUUACUGCUGCCUAAAAUUUUUUCCCCCCUCCCUGUAACCAUCUGGAAAAUUUCUGUUGGCCCUAGGUUCAGGCAAACACAUUGUAACUUCCACUCUGAGAGUCAGGCUCACCUUCCCCCGUACCCAGAGUACCUUCCCUGCACUCACACCAAUCUCCAGGACUGUCCUGAAGGUCAUAUGUUGGCUUUCCAUCUGAGCAGAUGACUUAAAAGCAAACGGAUAGAUGGGUGCUUGGGAUGCACAGACAUACUUUCCAGUACUGGAAUAACCUUGGUAAGCACAAGAACAGACACAAUACUUUUAAGAUUCAUAAGAUAAUCUUACCAUUAAUGUUUGAUUCUGGCUGCUCUAAGCUGCCCAAGCUGCAGUGAAGAUGAGCUGCUGGUGCUCAGUGCUUUGGGGUUCAGCAAUUUUAGGGAGGGGCUAUGUCACCUGGAGUUCCUGAUCAUUUAGGGCCCCCCUGUCUGGGUCUAGGUCCUGGGCAAGGGAAGAAGCUACGCUGAGGGCUGGACUGGGCAUUAGGUGACUAGGUAGGAGCUGCACUCCAAGGUCUUUAGGACGCGUGAAUGAGAAGGGUGACUGAUUUUUAAUUUUUUGAGUCUUGCUACAUAGCCCUGGUUGGCUUAAGAUACAAUCACCGCCUGAGUGCUGGAAUUGCUGGUUAUACGCCAAGCUUGGGAGUGAUUUUGUUCUUGACAACUGCAAGUAGAAAUCAAACUGUAUUUCUGAAACAAACAAUCUGGAGUGUGGAAAGAGCCUAAGAGAGAUGUGGUUUACAAAGUGGGUGAGCACAGUUGCCACAGCCAGGUGAGGACAACUGCAGAGACCGUGCACAAUCAGCGAGGGGGACAAUUGAGGCUGGAGAUGGCAACGGGGUCCAGGUCACAUGGCUCUGGGAAUUAUCCCACUGUGGUGCAAGAGGCUCAGAUCUAUGUGGUGAAAAGCUUCCCUAGCUACCCAAGCAGAAGGUCAAAGGGCAGCUGCAACAGAGGAAGGGACAGGCUGGUGAUGGCAGGGAGAGCCAUCUUCCCACGCCAGCUGUAUUAACGGUGCUGGUGCCGUCCGUGAUCAGAAGAUUCUGGUUUUUGCAUUCCAAAUGGAGAAAGCCAAGCAGAGCACGUGGGUGGGGUGAGGAGGAUAGCUUUAUUGAGAGAAGGGGAGUCACCUGUCCUGCCAGGUAGGGGAAGGAAAACAGGAAGAGGGCACAGUGGGUGCAGGUGGAGUCUGCCAGCAGAGACGCAUGCUUUUCUUU